AUGGAUGACCACAUGGGUCAUAGUGCGCAAGAUUAUGUUCUUGAUCUUGAUAACCAACAACGGGGGGGAAGGGAGUAUUUGAAGUAUCGCAUUGAGGAUUUGAAAAAUCUGCAGUGUUUGCACCCUCCCCCUAAUCCGUCUUCCUCCACCACUUGGGUACCUCCGGUGCUGGGUUCUUUUAAAAUCAACACGGACGCAUCUUGGAACUCCAAUUCUUUAUGUUGUGGGCUUGCAGCUCUUCUUCGCAAUUUUAUUGGUAUACUUCACAAUGGUUUGGUUUUGACUGCUAAGGCUAACGAUGAGGAGGCUGCGGAGUCUCAAGCCAUUCUUCUGGGACUCAAAUUGGCCAAAUCAUUGUCCCUCUCCUCUUUCUCUUUGGAAGCUGAUUGCCUAUCUCUUAUAUCAGCUUUGAAAUCCCCUAGAGGUUCGGUUUCCUGGUCUGCAAUCUCCUGGGUUCGUCAGAUCAAGUUUAUGGCUGCUUCCUUUUCUUCUGUUAACUGGUCUUGGACCAGUAGAGAAGCAAACGCAGCUGCUGAUGCUGCUGCGCACCUUGCUUCACGGUUGGAGAGCUCUUUGAACUGGGUUAAAAAUCCACCUCCGUCCUUGCUUCAUAUCCUCCAAUCUGAUGCUGUUGCAGCUCCCCCAUGA